AUGAGUAACAGUCAACAAAACGAGUCCUUCCUCAUGGAAGUAACACACGUAUUUACCCGCGAAGAAGCAGAAGCCUCACUCGAGCACAUCCUUGACCACUUCAGAAACGAUAAUCACAAUUUCGUAACGGAGGAGAUGGCCAAAAUUAUCGAGCUGAAACACACAAAGGUUCUCAGCAAGGGUUACAAGUCAUAUCUUCGCAUGUGGGCCAAUUCAGUCGGGGAUUCACGGGUCCUAGGACUCCUUGAAAUCUCGACAGAUGACUUGGACACCUAUAGCUGGACGGAGAUGGUCGAGAGACCCAUAUUAGAGCUAUUGUCCAUUAAAUCAGAGCACACUGCCUGCAAAGAUGCGAAGAGCUCGCUUGUCGAGAAGGACGAUUAUCAACUGGUGGAGAACAAGUUCAAGUUGCUCCAGCUACAUGCUAUGAUCGAAGACCAGAAGAAGAGGGUAUCCGAUUCGCAGUUACACAUGCAGAUUCGGCUCGCUGAACUAAAUGAGGAGCUAUCUGUCGUCAAAAGGGAUCUGGAAAGUGUCAAACAGCAGAAUGCCGAGAUUAUUCAACUGCUGAAGAGGGAUCCUGUGCAAGAGGAAUCUGAAGACCCAGUAUUCACCAGAUUACGGAAGGAUAGAGAGUCCCAACCCUAUCACUUCCGGAAAUGA